AUGAGUUCCGCCGUAAAUCGUCCGGUGGACUUGAAGCAGAAGGAGAAGGAUGUCAACAACAAACUACAGCUAUACGGCAUUGUUGAAGCAGCCUUCUCCAAUGGCAAAGUGCCCUCCAACAGCCAGAUUGACGUCGCCCUAAACUCGGCACUUGCACACAGGGCGCUCAACUCACCGUCAAAGAAGCUGUCGAGCGAUGGCCAAAAGCUCGUUGGCGACUUCAAGAAUGUCAUCGAGCAGGCCAAGAUCCUGCUUCUCACCAAGAACGAGGGCAACCUCCUCCAGGACUUCAUCUGGCAGGCGGAGCACCUCGGUGGCAACAACGCUAACCUACCCAAUGCGCCCGUCGACAAGGAGACAGCAAAACAACAUGGCAACGACGCCCUCCAGGGCCUGCGCACCCUCGGCACGCUACUCAUCUCGAACGGCCAGUUCAGAAAGCUUCUCUCCGAUGCUACUGUUCUCCUCCGCGACAUGGCUGGCGAUGCCGCGAUGAACACUGCCAACAAGGUCAAGCCCUCAGAAGAUCGUCUCAACCGCCUAGAUGAGCCCGCCGAGGACAACACCUGGCACGACACCUCCAAUCUGAACCGCGAGAACCUCCGUAACCAAGCUAAGAGCAGCCUGCCUUUUGGCAACAAGAACAGGGACGAGGCCAAGGGAGAGCUCAAGGAACAUGCUAUGGACAUCAACCAGGCCGCUAACCCCCAGGGAUCCCGCGACCCCCAGCACACUGCCGAGCUCGGCGCUCACGAGGGUCAGACUGGCCAGCCCACCGGUGUUGAUGCCCGUGGCGGCCUCGAGGCUGCCAAGCAAAAGGUUGAGGAGAACACAUCAGAGGAGGACAAGCAGAGGGUUCGCGCCCGCCGCGACCAGAUGAACAACUACCUCAAGGGCAAGAUGCCUGAGGAGCGUCGCGAGCAGACUAUCUGGCGUCUCAAGAAGAUGGUCGUGGAGAUCCAGGGCCAUCAAGACUAUCAGCGCGCCAUCGAGACCCUGCUUAGCCUCGCCGAGCAGUACUCUGGCCAUGGAAGGAACUUGGGGUUCUUAAACGAGAAUCAAUGGCUGACCAACAUGAAGACUCUCCUCGAGCGUUUCGCAAACAACACCUCAUUCGAUGACCUCAUUGAAUCGAUCAACCAAGUCUACAAGGAUGCCGACCAGGACCCAGAGCUGAGGAAUUGGUUCACUCGCAUGAACCAAUUCAUCCGCAAGACUCUUCAGCAGCAGGGCUUCAUCCUCGAUGACCGUUGCAACGAAGAGUGGAACCAGCUCUACGAUGACGGCCACCAUCUCCUGCGCGGCCGCUACCGUGGUCACACUGACCGCAUCGCCGAUGAAUUCAAGUUCAUUGGUGAGCAGUUCGACUCUGACCCGCAGAACAAGCAGUUCGCCGAUUCCGUCAACAAGCUUUUCCUUGACCUUGGCCAAGAUGAAAACGGCCAGACCACCUUCAAGCCCCACCUUCUCAAGGACUUGAGCGAUGUCAUCCUUCCCGUCAUCUUUGAGAACGUCCGCUACAUUCCUGUUCCUCGUAUCGAGUACAGUGACCCCAUGGUCGACGCCGUCGUUGAGAACCUCGUUAUCGAGGGUGACAACCUUGCACCCAACUCCUUGGAGUUUGGCUCCGACAACUACUGGCGCUGGGGCCGCAAGUCCAUCUCGAGCAAGAAUAAGAAUAAGGUCAUGCUCUCAGUAUCGGGUGUACAGAUGGAUCUCCGUGAUGUAUCAUACUACAUCAAGCGCAAGCAGGGUUUCCCUUCCAUCACCGACAAGGGUGUUAUGGACAUCUUCAUGGGUGGCUCUGGCUUCAGCUUCAAGGUUGAGAUGGAGACAGCCGACAAGGCCCGCGAUCACGCGCAGACACACUUCUUCAAGGUCACCAAGGUUGAGUCUGACAUUAAGAACCUUCAGAUCAAGAUGAAGAAGAGCAACCACAAGCUCCUUUUCAACAUGUUCAAGCCUCUUCUCCUCAAGGUCAUGCGUCCUGUCAUACAGAGGGUGCUGGAGAAGCAGAUCAAGGACAGUGCCAACCAGCUCGAUGGUAUCCUCUUUGACAUCAAGACUGAGGCUGACCGUGCCGAGGCCGAGGCCAAGCGCAACCCCGACCCCCAGAACAUCCAGAACAUGUACCAGCGCUACGCCUCUGCUGUGCAGCACCGUCUCAUGCAAGGCAAGCAAAAGAAGGAAGCUAUUCAGGAGAGGGCCAAGGACACCCAAGUCAACAUGGCUGUCACUCAGCACGACUCCAUCUUCAAGAACAUCUCCCUUCCCGGAGGUAUCUCCUCCAAGGCUACGGAAUACAAGGAGCUUGCAGCCAAGGGUGACAAGUGGGAGAGCCCCAUUUUCUCCAUCGGCUCAGCCAAGGAGACCUCCAGCCUUCCUCAGGUUGGCAAGGUUACCCGCAAGCCCCACGGUCGUGAGGGUGGCUACGGUGGACCCCAUGACAACUCUCGUGGUCUUGGUGCCUCACAAGGCUUGAACCCUUCCGCAAACCAGUACGAUAGCCAGUACAGCAACGCUGGCGGCCUCGGCGCUGGUCAGGGCCUUACUACAGCCAACCAGGGCUUGACUGGUGGCGUUCCUUCCUCCGCCUUGGCUGGUGGUGUUCCUGCCUCCGGUCUGUCUAGCGGCAUCCCACCUACAACCGGCGGUACACAUGGAUUCGGUACUCAGGUCGACGACGCGUUUAACACCUCUGGUACUGGCGCGCCUGUUGGCUCAUCGGGUCUCGGCAACACCGGUACCUCCACUGGUACUGCCACCCACGGCGAGUUCAACACUACUUUCGGUGACCAGAACCCCGUCUUCCAGGGCCGCGCUUAG